AUUCUCUGCAACUCCUCCUCCACCUCCUCCUCCUCCUCUUGCCUCCACUCCUCCACUUUCCCAAGCUUUUUCAACCUCCCUCUUUUGUCCCUCACGAGCAUCCCCUGAACAGCAGCAGCAGCAGCAGCGGCAACAGCAGUAGGAGUACCGCCGAGCUCGCUCGCUCCCUCCCUCCCUCCUCCCCGCGAGGGUUUUUCUCUCAGACACACCCGCAUUUGGCUCUUCUCUCUUAGGGUUCACGGGUUCUCCGAGAUUCGUCGCCGCUUGUUUUGCUCUCGAGUUCAAGGACGGGGCUCGGUUCGGUUGCGGGCUUUUUGCAGUCAAAAGGAUGGAGGAGGGGAAUAUUUGGAUGAUCCCCGGGCUGCUUUCCUGACCCCGCCCCCCGGCUUCUCUUUUGGUCCUUUUCCCCCCGCUUUUCUCUCUCUCCCCCCGGGGUUGACGUACACGGGAAGCAAUUCGAGCUGAACGUGAUCGAAUUCAAUGGGUUUCAUGUGAAGCAGUUUCGUCAGCUCCGAACUCGGCCGAGUUGGGGAGCUUCGUUUGCGUCGGGACGGCAGGCCCCCCCCUGGAUCUUAAAUAGCUGGCCUCGCUCCGACAUGAAGCUCGCCUCGAGCUCUUGGAGAUCUAUUUUCCCCUUAUAAGAUGCUGUAAUCGUCUUUGGGUUUUUGCUUCGUUUGCCCACAUCCAGUUCCGCUGAUUGUAUGCUUUCUGGUGCUGGAUCUAUGGAGGACAUAGGGCUGUUCAAGCAGGGUUGGGAAUGGGUCCUGUCGCAGAAGCGCUCCCUCUCGCGUGCCAAGAACGCGAUGUGGCGCGUCCGAGAUAGAAUCUGCGUGUUCGUGGAGAGGCAUUGGCCGACGGUGUGGGGCUGGUGUUCCCAGUUCUGCAAGGUGUUGCUUCUGUCGUUGAUGUACUGGAGGGACUGCUUCGUCCGGGGUUCUCAGUCGGUUAUUGGGUUCGGUUCCGCCUCUCUGCUCCUCAUCAUGUGGAGUUGCUUCCUCAGCCUUACUUCCAUGUCUUGCUUGAUUUAUGUCGUUCUGAGUAUGGGAGCUGCUGGAGCUGCGGUUAAGUACUUGGGAUUUACUCCUGGGCUGUUUAUUGUAGGACUCUUUGCUAUUUUAAUUUUGUGGAUGUUUGCUAACUUCUGGAUAACGGGAACAUUGUUUGUAAUAGGAGGUUACUUGUUCUCCCGCAGUCAUGCCCGUCUGGUAAUAUUGAUGGCUACCAUUUAUGCCAUCUAUUGUGUCAAAGUUCGAGUUGGAUGGCAUGGUGUUUUCCUCUCCAUCAACCUUGCGUUCUUCUCAAAUGACGUGCUAGCAUAUUUGGUUCAGUGUUGUGACAAUAUUUCUGAGACAAGGCACUCCGAAGAGCAGAAAGAGUCGGAAACACUGACUGAAGAUGAAUUCUCUGGAGAAUGUGAAUUCUCUACUUUGAAUGAAGAGCCUGAAAAGUUGCAUUCAUGUAAAUCAUCCAGCAAACAGCCUGCUUCCUCAUCGUUUAUUUGUAAGCAGAGAGAAUUAUCCGGAAAUAAGGAGUUAAAAGAAGAAACUAGUUCAUUAGAUGAGAUGAAAAGGAUAUUAAAUAGUGUGGACCAUUAUGAAGCACUUGGGUUUCCUCGGCAAAAGAAAAUUGAUGCUGUGGUGUUGAAAAAGGAAUAUCGAAAAAAGGCCAUGCUUGUGCAUCCUGAUAAAAACAUGGGAAGUUCACUAGCUAGCGAAUCAUUUAAGAAACUUCAAUGUGCAUAUGAGGUCCUCUCAGAUUCCACAAAGAAGAGAGACUAUGAUGAGCAACUGAAGAAGGAAGAAAACAGAAGCAGGAGUGUCUGUCAAAAGUCCCACUCGCAUCAGGAAAAUCAUGAUUAUUGUGCUGAGGAGUCAAGACGUAUACAAUGCACAAAGUGUGGAAACUCUCAUGUAUGGGUGUGUACCAAUAGGAGUAAGACCAAUGCUAGGUGGUGUCAGGAUUGUUGCCAACAUCAUCCAGCCAAAGAUGGGGAUGGAUGGGUUGAAUACAAGGGCUCAUUGGUCUUUAAUAGGCCUCAAAAGGUGGAAAUACCACGCGCUUUUGUCUGUGCCGAAAGCAAGAUCUUUGAUGUGUCAGAAUGGGCCAUCUGCCAGGGUAUGGCUUGUCGGCCCAACACUCAUCGUCCAAGCUUCCAUGUGAAUAUGGUUGGCUUGGAAAGGAAAUCACAGCGAUGUAACUCAAGUAGGUAUCCAUGGGAUCUGGAUGCAGAGAUGAUGGAUGAAGAGGACGAAUUCGAGUUAUGGCUUCAGCAAGCCCUGGCCUCUGGCCUCUUCUGUGAGACUUCCAAACGCAGAAAGAGCUGGAGUCCAUUCAAGUUGCACCAGUUGAAGGGUAAGAAGCAAUGGAGAAGAGCUUCAUCAUGAAUGGCGGACCAAGCAUAGAAUUGGCCAAGUUCUUUCUAUGCUCCUCGGAGCUGAGAUAUCACAGGACCAGGAUUAAUUGGCAGAGAAUAUGGUGAUGUGUCUGAUGUACCCAAAGCAUGUUAUGUUUGACCAGCCAGCCUGUCCAAACUCAUCGAGGAUGAGGUGAAUGGAAUUGAGGUCCUGGAGUUGAGCGACUGCUUUCUUCUGUUAUCGUGUAAAUAGAUUUAGGUCAUCUCUACGGCAUUUCCUUUGAUUCACAGUGUCAGUUUUGUCGAGUCCCUUUUGGGGACGGGGAAUAUUUUGAGGUCAAGUCAGAGGGCAAAACUGAUUUGUGUCUGUUGUACAUUAUUCAAGCAAUCUUUGCUUAUUUAAGUUGUAGCACAGGUUCUCCUAAAAAAAUUUGCUCUCCCAA